AAAAAAGCCUUUAGUUGCCCCUCAUGAUACCACUUUUUUAUGCAUUUCGUUGUCUUUGUUUGUUUUUGUGCAUAUCAUGUCAUUUUGGUGUGUAUGAUCUAAAUCCAUGUUCGGACCUUGUCCAAUAAUUUCCUUGCCAAGAUUGGUAGUACUUGAAGCUUACUUAUCUACCGUCAUCAAACCCGGUCAACAACAAUAUGUUUCUACUACGAAGGCCUCGUCCAACAGUGAUCUCGCGAUCUAUCUUCAGAGCCAUGUCGUCUUCUCACGAGCAAUCUUCUGUCCAGUUUCAAUAUUCCGCGGGCGAGAAUGAGGAACAGCUUGGCCGCGAUGCUACAGCUCUCACAACACAAGGCGGAGGCAGGUGGAAGGUUACAAGCGACAGCAGAGGGCUCGAGCGAACUUUUCGAUUCAAGACUUUCAAGGCAACAUGGGAUUUCAUGAACACAGUGGCGGCAGAGUGCAAGGUCCAAAAGCAUCACCCAGAAUGGACAAACGUCUUCAACAAGACACAUGUUCGCUGGACCACUCACAAACCUCUUGGUAUAUCGUCCAAGGACGUUGUUAUGGCUAGAUUUUGUGACGAGGCUGGAACUCGUCAUGGUGAGCUGGUCGAUUCACCGGACGAUGAUGGAUGUGGUUGUGGCGAUUUCAAGCCUUGA